AUGUCAUUUGAAUCAUUUUUGACUAAAGAAAACUUUGAAGGAUAUGAAGAUCCGGAAAAAUUUAAACAGUAUGAACCAAAAUUACAAGCUUAUAGAAAAGAUUUAGAAGAUAAUAUACUAGAAGAAUAUAAAAUUGAAUUACCAAAACCAAGAAAAGAAUUAAUUAAAGAUCAAUUUAAUUCUGUUGAAUAUUUAUAUUCCCAUAAAUUGUUAACUCCAGAAGAAUUUGAAAUUACUGAUUCUACUGCUUCAACAAUUGUGAAAAAUAUUGAAAAUAAAAAAUGGACAGCUGUUCAAGUAUUUAAAGCAUUUGCACAUAGAGGAACAAUAGCUCAUCAAUUUACAAAUUGUGCAUUUCAAUUAUUUCCAAAAGAAGGGUUAGAAAGAGCUAAACAAUUAGAUGAAUAUCAAGCUAAAAAUGGUAAACUUAUUGGUCCAUUACAUGGACUACCAAUAUCAGUAAAAGAACAAGCAAAUUUCAAAGGCAAAAUUACUCAUGGUGGUUAUGUUGGUUGUUUAGAUAAUAUACCUGAAAAACAUGGUGCAAGUAAUCAAAUUUUAGAAGAUUUAGGUGCUGUUUUUUAUAUUAGAACUUCUCAACCUCAAACAUUAAUGCAUUUAGAUUCAGGAAAUAAUUUUACUGGUUUUACUAAAAAUCCUUUUAAUUUAUUAUUAUCAAGUGGUGGAUCAUCUUCUGGUGAAGGAGCAAUUGUUGGAUUUGGUGGAUCAAUCUUAGGUGUUGGAUCAGAUAUUGGUGGAUCAGUUAGAGCUCCAGCUGCUUAUUCUGGUUGUCAUGGAUUCAGACCUACUACUAGAAGAUUAGGUACUUUAGGUGGUGUGUCUUCAGGAGCUGGUCAAGAAUCUGUCCCAGCUGUAUAUGGUCCAUUUGCUAGAUCUAUGGAAGAUAUUGAAUUAUAUAUGAAAUCAUGUAUAAAUGAUGGUAAACCUUGGGAUAUUGAUGCAUGGGCUAUAUAUACACCAUGGAGAGAAGUAGAAACCCCAAAACCUGAAAAUAUAAUGAUUGCAGUUAUGAAAGAUGAUGGAUUAGUAAGAGUAUCACCACCUAUCAGACGUGGUAUUGAACAUACCGCGAAAAAGUUAAAAGAAGCAGGAUUUAAUAUUGUUGAAUUUAAUCCCCCAAAUACUAAAUUAGCAUAUGAAACAGUAAACAAGAUGUAUUCAUGUGAUGGUAAUUAUAUGCAAAAAUUAUUGUUAUCAAAAUCAGGAGAACCAUUACAAAAAUUAACAAAAUGGGCUCUUAAUUAUGGAUCAGGUUCUGAAUUAUUUUCAUCAAUUGAAAAUAGAAAAUUAAAUGUUAUAAGAGAUAAUUUAAGAAAUGAAUAUAAUGAUUAUUUGGUUAAAAAUAAAAUUGAUUUUAUAUUAUCUCCAGCUUAUAAUAAUGUUGCUCCUCAUUCUGGUGAAGUUUAUAAUUGGUCAUAUACUGCAUUAUUUAAUAUUUUAGAUAUGCCUACUUUAGCUUUUCAAACUGGUUUAUAUCAAGAUCCAAAAAUUGAUAUAUGGACAGAUGAUGAUAAAAAUUAUAAAUAUAGAUCAGAUUUAGAAAAAUUAGAAAAUGAAAAUUAUAAACCUGAAGAAUUUAUUGGUGCUCCAAUUGGUUUACAAUUAACUGGUAAAAGAUAUAAAGAUGAAGAAGUAAUUGCUGCUGGUAAAUUUAUUGUAGAUGAUAUUUUGAAAGUAGAUUUGUUACAUCAUUAA